CCCCCGAGGCCUUCCUCACACCCGUGUCUUUUUGUUGAGGCGAAUCUCAUUAGGGAGCCCCUGGUGGUAUUUGUUUGCGCGACUACGGGCCAGGGAGACCCUCCUGACAACAUGAAGAACUUCUGGAGGUUCAUAUUCCGGAAGAGCCUGCCAUCGGCCUCCCUCUGUCAGAUGGACUUUGCUGUUCUUGGCCUUGGGGACUCUUCAUAUGCCAAGUUCAACUUUGUGGCCAAGAAGCUGCACCGCCGACUGCUGCAGCUAGGGGGCAGCGCCCUCCUGCCUGUGUGCCUGGGUGAUGACCAGCAUGAGCUGGGACCUGACGCGGCCAUUGACCCCUGGCUAGGAGACCUGUGGGAAAAGGUGUUGGGGCUGUAUCCAGUGCCCCAUGAUCUUGCCAUGAUCCCUGCCGGAGUCCCCCUACCUUCCAAGUUCAUUUUCCAGUUCCUCCACCAGUCCCCCAGCAGAAGCUCCCAGGAACUGCACAGCGCCAGCCCAGACCCCCAGGAGCCCCCGUCAGAGCUGCAGCCCUUCCUGGCGCCCAUGGUUGCUAACCAGAGGGUCACAGGCCCCUCACACUUCCAGGAUGUUCGUCUGAUUGAGUUUGACAUCACAGGCUCUGGCAUCAGCUUUUCUGCUGGUGAUGUUGUGCUGAUCCAGCCCUCAAAUUCAGCUGAUCAUGUGCAGCAGUUCUGCCAGGUGCUGGGCCUGGACCCUGACCAGUGCUUUGUGCUGCAGCCACGGGAGCCAGGCACCCCCUGCCCACCGGGACUGCCGCAGCCCUGCUCUGUGCAGCACCUUGUCUCCCACUACCUGGACAUUGCCAGCGUGCCUCGCCGGUCCUUCUUUGAGCUCCUGGCCUGCUUCUCCCCACACGGGCUAGAGCGGGAGAAACUUCUGGAGUUCAGUUCUGCCCAAGGCCAGGAGGAGCUCUGCGAGUAUUGUAGCAGACCCCGCAGGACCAUCCUGGAGGUGCUCUGUGACUUUCCUCACUCCGCGGGCGCCAUCCCCCCAGAGUACCUGUUGGACCUCAUCCCACAGAUCCGGCCACGGGCCUUCUCCAUUGCCUCCUCCCUACUGGUUCACCCCGUGAGAUUGCAGAUUCUCGUGGCUGUGGUACAGUACCAGACUCGCCUCAAAGAGCCCCGCCGGGGCCUCUGCUCCUCCUGGCUGGCAUCCCUGGACCCUGCACAAGGACCUGUCCGGGUGCCCCUGUGGGUGCGGCCUGGGGGUUUGGCCUUCCCAGAGACACCAGAGACACCGGUGAUCAUGGUGGGGCCUGGCACUGGUGUGGCCCCAUUCCGAGCGGCUAUCCAGGAGCGUGUGGCCCAGGGUUGGACCGGAAACUUCUUGUUCUUCGGCUGCCGCCAGCGAGACCAAGACUUUUACUGGGAGGCUGAGUGGCAGGAGCUGGAGAAGAGGGGCUGCCUGACCAUGGUCACCGCCUUCUCCAGGGAACAGGACCGAAAGGUGUACGUGCAGCACCGGCUCCGGGAGCUGGGCCCACUCAUCUGGGAGCUGCUGGACCGUCGUGGUGCCUACUUCUACCUCGCAGGCAAUGCUAAGCGCAUCCCAGUGGACAUCGCAGAAGCCCUGACAUCCAUCUUCCAGGAGCAUGGUGGGCUCUCUGAACCGGAUGCUGCCGCCUACCUAGCCAGGCUCCAGCGGACGCUGCACUUCCAGACGGAGACCUGGGCCUGAGGACGCCUGCCAAUCCUCAGGCUUCCCCUGGGGAAGCCUCCGGCAGGCAGCCAUCUUGACCUGGCCUUACCUGGUUCCAGAUCCCUCAUCAGACCCAGGGUGUGGCUCUAGGCCCCACGAGGGGGCCCAGGGCCCCUCAGCCCUGACCCACUACAGCCUGCACCCCUGGAUGCCCUUUAGUCCCUCUUGCCCCAUCCCCGGUGAGAAUCCCACCCUUCCAUCCUGGUUUCGGGGGUCUGCACAGCCAACCCCUCCUCGCUGGUACAGGAGGAGCCUGGCCUGGUAGGCAACAGAGCCGCUGAACCUCUGAGGGACGUGGGUGCUGGCAGCUGCAGCCUCUACUUCAGCAUGCAGCGACCUUAGCACCUCAGGGCUCAGGCCCCGCUGGGCAGCCACCUGUGCCUCAGCUUCCUGAGCACCCGGAAGAGAUGGACCUCACUCUUCCCCUGGUCCCAAAACAGUGUCAGUAAACGUGGUUUCUGGCCCAGCUCCACCCUG